CACAGUCUUGCAAAAUCCAGCAAGAAAAAUCCUUCUGAGAAAGGUCUCCAAUGCGUAUGACCUCAUCUUCCUUCACAUCCUACUCCACUCCAAGACUAUGCCAAUUUAUGGCCAUGCUCCCAACAGCAGGUCACCUCCUGUCCCUCCUGCUGAUGAUAGGCACAGGAGGUACUGUGCCCAGCCCCCUGGUGCCUCCCCGGGGCUGCUAUGUGGCAAAGGAAGCAGGUGAACAGACGUUCCGCUGCAGCCAGGCAGGUCUGAGGACUGUGCCCUCUGGCAUCCCCAACGACACCCGCAAGCUCUACCUGGAUGCCAACCAGCUGGCAUCUGUGCCUGCUGGUGCCUUCCAGAACCUGCCUGUCCUGGAGGAGCUGGAUCUGUCCCAUAAUGCCCUUGCCCACCUCUCAGGGGUGGCUUUCCAGGGCCUGGAGGGCACGCUGCGCCACCUCGACCUCUCUGCCAACCAGUUGGCCUCAGUGCCCGUGGAGGCCUUUGUGGGACUACAGAUCCAAGUGAACCUAUCCGCCAACCCAUGGCACUGUGACUGCGCCCUCCAGGAAGUGCUCCGGCAGGUGAGGCUGGCGCCAGGCACUGGGACAGGCAUCGUGUGUGGCCCAGGAGCCCGACCGGACCUCGUGGGGCAGGAGUUCCUGCUGCUGGCAGGGGAGGAAGAGCUGUGUGGGGCAGGGCGGGGCGGGGCCCGGAGGAGCACCGAUGUGGCCCUGCUGGUCACCAUGGGGGGCUGGCUGACACUCGUGGUGGCUUAUCUGGUGCGUUAUGUGUGGCAGAACCAAGACGAGACCCGGCGCUCCCUCAAGCGGGCCCCAGUGCUGCCUGUGCGUUCUGAGGAUUCCUCCAUCCUCAGCACAGUGGUCUGA